AACACAUUUCACGAAUUUUUGUUGACUUUGACCUCAAAUAAUAAUUACAAAACAAUCAAAAUUUGACCUUGUCAUAACUUGUGCUCGAUUCAUAACCUUGCCUAUGUGGGCCUCCGUUCGAAUGAAUGGUGAUCAUGCCAUUCGGAGGCUAAGAAACCUGCGAAAUGUGGUCAAUACUCGACCAGUGCUCAGGCACUGUGUGUCGGAUUCCAAAGUAACCAUCGGAGAUGUGAGCAUUGGCGUCAAGACGCCGCAUCGACAGGAACUGGUGCCCAGGAAAUUUCUGCCUGCUGUUCAGUCACAGACUGUCCUCAAACAUCUAAGAUGGAUGAUGCAAAAGGACGCUCUAGGCCAGGAUAUGUUCCUGAUCGGUUCUCCUGGGCCACUGCGGCGCCACCUGGCCAUGAUGUAUCUUGAGAUGACGAAGCGGGAAGCAGAGUAUGUGGCGCUGUCACGUGAUACCACGGAGACGGACUUGAAACAGAGGCGAGAGAUACAGGCAGGGACGGCCUAUCACAUCGAUCAGUGUGCAGUUCGAGCGGCGACCAGCGGUGGCAUCCUCAUCCUGGAGGGGAUAGAAAAAGCAGAGCGGAAUGUGCUUCCGGUGUUAAACAACCUCCUUGAAAAUCGGGAGAUGCAACUCGAUGAUGGGCGUUUUCUUGUUCAUGCCACAAGAUAUGAUAAACUUUUACAAGAUCACACGAAAGAAGAGUUAGAUUCCUUGAAAUUGGUGCGAGUAGAUGAGGAUUUCCGAGUGAUUGCCUUAGGGUUACCAGUGCCACGUUACCAAGGAAACCCUUUGGAUCCGCCGCUAAGAUCUCGCUUCCAGGCCCGCGAUAUUAACCCUCUACCAUUCAAGGAACUUCUUGAUGUUCUUUAUAGCAUUAGCCCGGAUGUUUCUGCAGAAAGGCUGUCAAUGAUGUUAUCAUUCGCAACAACUAUGAGGACACAAGAAUCACAAUCACUCGGUCUACCAGACUUCCCGCUCGACAACCUGCCUGCUCUGGCUCAAAUCUUGAAUGCUACACCGUCGUAUCCUGAAGCAGAACUCAUCACCCGUCUGUAUCCAUAUGAACGUCUGCUCAACUCCGAAGGUCAAGCGGCUGUCAAGGAGACUCUAAAGACCUUUGAUCUCGUGCCGUCAAGUUCAUCGAGUGAUGUGUCUGUCAUGUCGAUCAGUCGUCAAGAGAAAGAGGACACAGCGACAGUUGAAUUGAAGAUUAAUCGCGAUACUGCCACAGUCAAGGUACCAUGUGGGUCACUCUCAUCCCCUGCUACCUUGGAACCGUUUGUGAAGACGCCGUAUCAUGAACGCCUCCUGUUUGAGAUGAUGCAGUCACACAUGGUCAAAGAUUUCUGCAUAAUGGGUCCAAGGGGUUGUGGGAAGAGUGCAAUAGUCAAACACUUCGCUGAUCUGCUCGGUUACCACAUCGAGCCCAUCAUGCUCUACCAGGAUAUGACAUCACGCGACCUCCUCCAGCAGCGUACAACUCUACCGAAUGGCGACACAACAUGGCGGAUGUCACCUCUAGUCACGGCGGCGCUGGACGGCAGUUUAGCCGUCCUAGAUGGAGUCCACCGAAUCAAUCCUGGGACUUUUGCAGUAUUGCAUCGAUUAGUCCACGAUCGAGAAUUAAGUCUUUUUGACGGCAGUCAGCUGCUGAGGAAAGAUAAAUAUGAUACCAUCAAACAGGAACUCAGUCUCUCGGACGAAGAGAUGACGCAUCGGGCAAUCUUCCCGAUUCACCCGUCCUUCCGUAUCAUGGCGCUAUCAGAGCCCCCUGUUGCAGGAAGUAGUAACCAACAGUGGCUCAGCUCAGAGCUGCUCACAAUGUUUUUGUAUCAUGACAUGCGAGCCUUGGAUCAGAACGAAGAUACGCACCUUCUACAUCGCUUGGUGCCGAGUGCAGAAGCCCAUCUGAAGCCUCUCUUGCAGUUAACACAUAGACUGCGAUCUUCCCAUGAUAAUAUGCUGCUGUCCCUCGCCUCAUCAUUGUCAACUCGUCAGUUGUUGCGUAUAGCCCGUCGUCUUGACACUUACGCCGAGGAGGAUCUCUACAGUGCUGUGCACAAGGCCUGCCUUGCCCGGUUCUUGCCCCGGACUGCUCGGUCAGCCCUGGAACAAGUCUUGGAAGAUGUCGACAUCGUGAAGGAAAGUGAUCAAAAACUGUCAGUUGAUGGCAUCGAGCGUGCGAUAUCAUCUGAAGUGAAGGGCAGUAGAUUAAGGAUUGGUCAGACUGAAGUGGACGUACACAACCCUGAAAACAAAACCAAAGUCCCCGACGUCCUGUUCUAUGACAACGCGCAGCAUCUUGCUGUGAUGGAGGACAUGCUGAAGGACUUCAUGUUAGGAGAACAUCUCCUCCUGGUGGGCAAUCAGGGUGUCGGCAAGAAUAAGAUCGUGGAUAGAUUCCUGUACUUGUUAAACCGGCCGAGGGAGUAUCUUCAGCUUCAUCGAGACACAACGGUGCAGAAUUUGACGUUACAACCUACUGUACUUGAUGGUAUCAUUAGCUAUGAAGACUCACCUCUGGUUCGCGCUGUGAAGAAUGGACACAUCUUGGUGGUAGAUGAGGCUGAUAAAGCUCCGACUAACGUAACGUGUAUCCUCAAAACUCUGGUGGAGUCUGGCGAGAUGCAUCUCUCAGACGGCAGGAGGAUUGUCAGUGCCAAAUCUAACCUACCGGACAACAACAGUCUCAUUCGUUCACACCCAGACUUCCGUAUGAUUGUUCUCGCUAACAGACCUGGGUUCCCGUUUCUCGGCAAUGAUUUCUUUGGCGCCAUGGGUGAUAUAUUCAGCUGUCACGCCAUAGACAACCCCGAUGUCGAAUCUGAGUUGGCUAUGCUUAGGCAGUAUGGGCCGACGGUCUCCGAGGAGAUGCUUGGUAAACUCGUAAAGACGUUCGGUGAUCUUCGGGACAUGGCAGAUCAGGGUUUAAUAAAUUAUCCAUACUCGACCAGAGAGGUGGUCAAUAUGGUCAAACAUUUAGAGAAAUUCCCAAGUGAAGGCCUGGCGAAUGUUGUGCGCAAUGUGUUUGACUUUGAUUCGUACAGUAAAGAGACGCACGAACUGAUUGUGGAGACGCUCCACAAACACGGUAUACCGGUUGGUGCUAGGAAAACCGAUAUACACAUGGCUAAAAUUUUCCCCAUUCCCACCAUGCAGAAGACUGGAAGCUGGAUGAUUGACUCCUCAACACGGAGAAACAGUUCACCGUUAACCUGUCCGGUGGAACAGAGGAAGUUGAGAAUUAAGGGGCCUGUGAGACUGGACCCAGAGCUUGUCGUGAUGGACCGGUUCGAGUCGCGCUCUCUGACCUUCACGGAACAAGAGGCUAACUGGUUGCUCCCCCUGCAUGAACACAACAUCAUCGCUGACGUCGCAGUCACACAAGCCAAAGAUCGAGUCACUGAAAAAGACCCCGCUGAUCUGAUUCAUGUGGUGACCGCGUAUCCCAUCAACCUCUUCUCAAUGACACCGAAGAGCUCCCGCAUAACGUCCAUCAAUCUCGCAGAUAUCUUCCGCACGACACGCGGCGUCUACCGACCGAAACUUUCCAUAGCUGCGCUUGGUGCACCGCUGGAGCAUAAUGUCAUCGUUCACGAAGAGAUGAGUAACAUCAUCUUGAAUGUUGAUACAUCAGCUGGCUGGGUGUCGCGUCUUCAUACUGCGUCUCUCCUAGAAACAGCAGCUGAUAAACUCGUGAGGAGAUUCCAGGGAAGUAAUCUGGAGACGUUUAGAAUGUGUAAAGAAUUCAGCCACCUCCCUGACUCAAUGGUUGUUUUCUACAAAAUGAAUGGCGGUGAUAUUGACAUUGUGAAUGUAGCCCAGGGCACCUCACUGGCCGUGUCUGUACCAAUCAGGAUCAAGAGCAUGAAUCUGGCAUCUCCGGACAAGUUCAUCCUCACAGAGACGAAGACUGAUAAGAAGUUUGUGCUGAGUCGCGUCAAGUCUGAGAUGGGGGAGGUCGAGUUUGUGUUGUCUCCAGUCACGGAGGACAGUCCCCUUGCGAUCAACAUGAUGACGACCCAGUCACUCUCCGAUGAUCAGCUGGGUGCCGCUCUUGGUGAGAAGAUUAGCUGUCCAAACCGACUGUUUGCUGGUCCGGAGUCGUAUGCUGGCAUCACCGUUGGAUUCCCUGAGCUGACGGCACCUCAUGAUAUCUACACCAUACCCCGGACACCGCUGCCCGAAGCCAACCCCACAGAGGAGAAAGAUCCUAUAUUAGGCAUCUUUGAAUCUGCUGCCAAACCAACCGUGGAUUCUAAGACAAUGUGCCUGCCAGAGACUGGAUUGAUUAUCACUGGGUUACCUGCUUGGAAAGUUCCAAAAGAAGUCACAGAAAACCAACCUCCUGCUCCCAAGAAUAUCAGCGGCUACCUAGAAGUUGUGGACCCCGUCCACCAUCAGGUCAAAUAUGUCCCUGUGCCUGGCCCCUUGAGGACUCACGUGCAAAGUUCUUGGCAGGCGUCCAUUUCCGACUCUGGUUUCCUGAUGUCCGGCAUGAGCAACGACGGAUUGAUGACGGUCGACAGUAGUGGUUGUGUGAGACUAUGGGAGAUGUCCUAUAAGACGCUGGAGAAGUCGCUCGGAGAGUGGCAGCAGAUGAUGGGUGGAGAGUGGGAUGAAAACCUGAAACUUGAGUAUGAUGACCUCGGCAGUGAUGUUCAAGGGGAUGCAGUCGAGGAGCCCAAGCAUGGCAAGGUUGACCCGACCGGUGCGCCCCAUGUUGGAGGCAACACCUGGGCUGGCGGUGUUGGCGGUCGUGAUACAGCAGGACUUGGUGGUGUAGGUGGUCCGUACCGCCUUGACGGUGGCAACCCUGUCCAUCAAGUGUCCGAUGAGGCCAAAGCAGCAGUGCCCCUUGAGGUUCAAAAAGCGGCGAGAGAGAUGGCGCAGAAAGCUUUCAAACAGCGCAUGAAGGAGAUCCAGAUGAGUGAAUACGAUGCUGACAUCUACGAACAGUACGCUGGCAGUGUCAGGCGCCAGGUCCAAGCCUUGAGGGUCAUACUUGACAGCCUUCAUGCCAAGGGUAAGGAGCGUCAGUGGGUGAAACAUCAGACUGAUGGUGACUUGGAUGAUGCCAAGCUGAUUGAGGGUAUCACAGGGGAGAGAGGCAUCUAUAAGAAGAGAGCGGAAUUGGACCCAGAGCUUGGCAGUCCUCAACAGAAACCCAAACGACUGAAGCUGGUCGUGGAUGUGUCGGGGAGCAUGUAUCGCUUCAACAGCCAUGAUGGCCGCCUGGAGCGAGAGAUGGAAGCCAUUUUGAUGGUCAUGGAAGCAUUCGAGAAAUAUGAACAUAAGUUCAAGUACGACAUUGUCGGACAUUCUGGAGAUGAUUUUGAUGUCAAGUUUGUCAAACCUGAGAAGGUUCCUGCAAAUAACAAAGAACGGCUUGAUAUUCUGAGGAUGAUGCAUGCCCAUUCUCAGUUCUGUUGGAGCGGAGACCACACAAUCCACGCCACAAAACACGCCAUUGAGUCCAUAGCAAAGGAGGAAGCAGAUGAGCGGUUCGUUAUCAUCCUCAGCGAUGCAAACUUUGACCGAUACGGAAUUCCUCCAAAGAAAUUUGCCGAGAUACUGACGUCGGAUGAAGAAGUGAAUGCUUAUGCUAUCUUCAUUGGUUCACUAGGUGACCAGGCAACAAGGUUGAGUAAGCAACUGCCCUCUGGCAAGGCAUUUGUCUGUCUCGACACAAAGACCAUUCCUCAGAUUCUGCAACAGAUCUUCACUGCUUCUCUGUUGUCCACUAGAUGAUGAAAGACUCUGUUGUCCACUAGAUGAUGAAAGACUGUUGUCCACUAGAUGAUGAAAGACUCUGUUGUCCACUAGAUGAUGAAAGACUCUGUUGUCCACUAGAUGAUAAAAGACUCUCAGCAGAAAUCGAAAAAGUUUGAUUCAGAUUAUGGAUUGAACAAUCAUGUGUCAAGGACGAACUUCCAUGUCAGUGUAUGUUCAUGAAAGGGGAUUUAGAUACAUCUGAUCUCUUCCUUGAGAUGACUCAAGGUGAUAUUGUUAUGACAGUUUUUGGAAAUGACAGUUAUGGACAAUGAAUAAAUGAUAAUAGAAUUCAGAUUAACCGGCGAACUGCACGAAUGAGGAGUCCUUCAUCAUGAUUUCACAACUUUGAUGGUUGUGAGCAGAGGUAAGAUAAGUGAGUGUCCAUGAUGCUGUCAAGGGAAAUUUCGAUUAAAUGCUCAGGAAUAUUGUGUAUAUCUCUAAAU